GAAGAUUUCAAGCUUGUGGUCGCCUGCGGCUGGGAAGGCACCCAAAAUAUUGUUUAUGUUCGGAUAAUUUUAAUCUAAUCAAUAUUUACACAGAAGCCGACAAUACAAUACUUGAGAUAUUCAUGUUUACAAAGGAAGUAAGGUUCUUAUGCGUGACAUUGGCUCUAAUUCUCAGAGACAGAAACUCACAAAGAUUCGAGCAAUCGAACGUUCCAUGCCACGGAUCAACAAAUGCCAAGUGCUAUUGGUAUGUGCAAUAGCUUGCAAUUGUGUCAUCUUAUUCUACAUUUCUCAUGUACAAAACACAAACGGGGAGUGGUUACAACAAAGCAGAUUAAAAGCAAUUAGGGAGAAAAUUUCUUUUCGGGGAAACAAAGCUGCGCAAUUUGAAAAUGAAGUGACCAUCGUCUUGUUGGAGUUUGAAGACUUCGAGAAUGACAUUAGUCGAACAAUUCGUUCCAUACUGGAGUACUUUUCAAACGUUCAUAUUGUGCUGAUAUCACAUAAACGACCUUAUCCGCCGUUAGAUAUUCCGAAUGGCAAAAUUCAACUGGUUGUGCAAGAUUUGUCCCCUGAUCAGAAGCAAUCGGCUGGAAGACCUGAGAACUACAUCACAACGCCUUACGUCAUGUUCAUUCCAGAUAGUGUCCGACUCAGCUCUACAAGCUUACCAGUUAUGAUGCUUGAAGAACUUAAAGCUUUAGCUAGUAUGAAACCUCAAUAUAAAAUUGUUACAGCUCCAGUGAAAUCAAGAGAAACUAUACAAUGCAACAAACUUUCAUUCGACCUUAAACGAUGGACACUAGAGUACUCAAUUUCUGAAGAUGAAGCACAGAGCUAUUACAGAACUUGUGAAUCUGUUGGCCCUAGCCAAGUGGUUUUGGUAAAAGCUGCAUUCCUUCACAGCCUUAGUGCACCAUACCUACGGCCUUUUCCUGAAAGUCUUUUCAUUCAAGCUUCGUUGCACCAUAUAAAAACAAAACUUCUUCACAAGCUUUCUUUCUCACAAGGAUCCAUGCUCUUUUCAAAUGCUCACACAAAAUGGAAAUAUGAGAAUAAUGUAAAAACAAGAAGAAUUGACAUGUUCAGAAAACUUGGAAUCAAGAAGGUAGUUCUUCCAUCAGGAGAGGUGGAAUGGUAUGGCUGUGGCAAGAACACAGGGCGGUGCUUUGGCACGGUUUAUGAUGACAUGCCUGAAUAUCUGUACAUGUCGAGAUGGACACCACCCUGUUGUUUGGAAAAUCUGCGUCAGACCGCUCGUUAUCUUUUUAACAUCCUAAAUGAAGCAGGGAUAAGUUAUUGGUUGGAAGGUGGUAGUUUGUUAGGUGCUGCUCGAUAUGGUGACAUCAUUCCAUGGGAUUAUGAUGUAGAUAUUGGUAUUUAUCAGCAUGAAAUCAGCAAGUGCUCAUAUCUGGUGGAAUCAGAAAAGCUUUCAAAUUCUGGUAAACCAUAUAUUGACCAUGACGGUUAUACUUGGGAAAAAGCAACUGAAGGAGAAUUUUUUCGAAUCCAGUAUAGUCAGUAUAAUCACUUACAUGUAGACAUUUUCCCAUUCUAUGAAAAAGAUGGCAUUAUGACCAAGAAAACCUGGUUUGAAACUCACAGACAAGACAGAGAAUUUCCUGCACACUAUUUGAAACCUCUUGAAACAAUCGAUUUUAUUGGAAUGAAGGCAUCUGCUCCGAACAAUGCCAGAGAAUUUCUGGAAUUCAAGUUUGGUAAAGGUGUUAUUGAAAAUCCUCAGUAUCCAAAUCCAUCAAAACUAAAAAAAAAGUCAAGGAUUAAAAGUUAAUCCCAGAUUUUGAGUAAUAAGUAUAUUUUUAUGAAUGAAAUCACGUUAUUUUUGCUAGUUAAGCUACUAAGUUUUUUCAGUUUCUCACUCUGUGUGGGGGAAAGCGCAAACAGACUUCAAGUGGCUAGGAGAUGCCUAAGAUGUUUGUGGCUUCGAAAUUCAUAUUUUGGGGAUAUUUUUGUGGGGAAAGGUGAAUGUCGCACAGUAUUUUCUAUAGACUGUUCAUAAUCUUUAAUGUAAACCCAUGGGAUGAUACAACGAAUGAUCGAAUGCUAAAAUUUUGAGUCAAGCGCCGAUGAGUGUUGAGUUAUCUCACGUUCCAUUCCCUUGCCGUCUUCUCAGACAACCUUGUGAUUCAUUUGUGAUCAUCAAUAGUGCCCUUCCUUGUCAGUUUAAUACAGAGAAAAAAUAAUUAAAAGUAAAUGUUUUUUUUCCUUUUGAUAAUUAAAUAGAGUAUUACUCUUUGGCAGUAUGUGCUCUUCUGGUUUGCAGCCUUUCAAUGUUGACAAUUUUCUGAAGAGAAGUAUAAAUCUCUAACUGUAUUUAAUAUGUGGUAUUUUUUUCUAAGAGUAACAUCUACACUAUAACCCAUUGGAAAAGAUGUAAAUAUCAACAAAGAAUAAAUGGUAAAUCUACCAUUCCA